AUGGAGUCUAAGCUUUGCUACAAGCCGAGAGCUUUAGGUUUGGGCAUUCUAAUGACAAUCUACAGCAUGCUCUGCGCACGUAUGGGCUCUGUGACGAGAGCUUUCUUGAUGGUUUACAAUGGCAUCACAGCACCAUUUGUAGGAUUAUGUCUGCUGGCUGUUUUGUUUCCAUUUGUUCACUCAAAGGGUGCUGGCGUGGCAACGCUUUCAAUGGUCCUCUACCAACUUUGUCACAUAACGACCAUUAUUCGGAGUGGACGAAGGCCUCCCAGAAUGGAAGCCUCACUCGACAGCUGCCCAGGAAAUGAAAGCAGCAUUGUUUCAGCUAUUAAUGCUACAUUCGUUGACACACACACAGACCUGGAAGAACCAUUCGCCCUCUUUCGUAUGUCCUACCUGUGGACUAGCUUUUUUGCUAUAUUUACAACGGUUAUAAUUGGCGUUACCAUGAGUGCUGCCACAGCAGUUGAGUCCCGUAUACAGUAA